AUGACACCGUCCAAACACCCGCAAUGCGCCAAGGUUAGCAGGGUAGGUCGCCCCCGCAGUACACUGGCACUGCAAGUGCGCUGGGUCCAGUUCUUCUGGUUCUCGGACGCCGACCAGCAGCGAUGGGAUCGUUAUGCAGAUUCGAUCAAGUGUAGCGUGCGGUAUGUGUCCACCGGCAAUGGUGCGGUGUCGGUGUGGAGCACUAGUACGGCCGGAAUCGAUACGGUACUAGCCACCACUCUCGGCACGACGGUAACGCCCAAAACGAACAGCACCGGCCAGCUAUAUCAAACGGGCCUUAUCCAUCAGCCGAACGGAAACGGAAACAGUCACAACGGGGUCGUGCAUCAUCACCCAAACGUAGGCAACGGCACGGGGCUGAAUCACGCGCACCUACACCUAGGCAGCAACGGAAACAGCCACAGCGGAAGCAUCGGCAACAACAGCACCCACAGUCUUACACCGCACGCCGGCCACGGCGCUUCCAGUUGGAACAACCGAACCAGUAUUUGCAGCACGCACAACAAGCGACGAUCCAACCUGAGCACAAUGUCACAGACGGGGGAUGAUCUGCACACACCAAACUAUCUGUCGUGGCGCAAGUUGCAGCUGAGCCGUGCGAAACUAAAAGCUUCCAGUAAAACGUCCGCGCUGCUGUCCGGGUUUGCGAUGGUCGCCAUGGUGGAGGUACAGCUGGAUGAAAACACCAAAGUGCCAUCGGCAAUGUUAAUAGCGUUUGCCAUAUGUACCACGCUUCUGGUCGCGGUCCACAUGCUAGCGCUCAUGAUCAGCACCUGCAUCUUGCCUAACAUAGAAACAGUCUGCAACUUGCACAGCAUAUCGCUGGUGCACGAGUCGCCCCACGAGCGCCUACACUGGUACAUCGAGACGGCGUGGGCAUUCUCUACGCUGCUGGGACUGAUACUGUUUCUGCUCGAGAUUGCCAUCCUGUGUUGGGUGAAGUUCUACGAUCUCAACACGACGGCCGCCUGGUCGGCAUGCAUCGUGCUCAUUCCCGUGUUGGUGAUCUUCGUAGCGUUUGCGCUCCACUUUUAUCGUUCGCUGAUGAUGCAUAAGUACGAGGUUACGGUUUCCGGCAUACGAGAGUUGGAGAUACUGAAGGAGCAGAUGGAGCAGGAUCAUUUCGAUCAGCAGCAGCAGCACCAUCACGGGAUACUGCAUCCGUCCGGGCUGCAGAUCGUAUGAUGAGUACCCAUCGUUCGAUUUCCAUUACUACUUCUUACAAAUUACACCAACUGUGAUUUCAUGCUUC